AUGAUGGCAAAAAUACCCGAAGAUCUACGCCUUAUACUCAGCCGUCAAUUCUGUGGCGACAAUUGGAAUUUAGAUGAGCUAUUAAAGGCCUUUAAGACCGAACUAGAGGCCCGAGAAAGAUGCGCGUCUUCGAGUGUGGGAACAUCAAGCCGUCCUAAUCAAGUACACUCAUCGCUGCUAAAAUGGAAGGGAGAAGAAGCUGAAGGGAAUCCAAUAGCGGCAGCUUUGGCGUCAUUUGAUCGAAAGAUAAAUUCCACUUAUUGUCACAAGUCACAUCCCUCUGUACGUUAUAACGUUAUCACCGACGUGAAGGCUAGAGAAUCCUUGCUUCUCAAACAAGGGAGGUGUUUUAUUUGUCUCAAGAAAUCACACAUUGCACGUGAUUACCAAAGC